AUGAAAUCGAGUUCAGUAUCAUGUUUCGGGUUUCCCCUGAUGUGUUUACUAGUUUUCGGAUUAACGAUUGACAUUGCGUGUGCUCGAUUACAACCAGCAGAAAACAUUUACCCGACCGAUGUGAACAAAGCAAUGCUGCCGAAAGAGCGGCAGACUUUGAAUGAUUGCCAUCUUCGGUAUCACAAAUAUGGAGACUACAACCUGGUUUAUCCCAUCUUUGGCGUACCGGUUAGAAUCGGUGAAUUUGCACACAUGGCAGCCAUCGGGUGGACAGAACAAAACAGCAUUGUGGAUUUCAGUUGCGGGGGUUCACUGAUCACAGCCACACACAUACUGACCGGUGCUCACUGCGGAAAUCGCGACGGUGUUCCACCGGAUGUUGUCCGUCUGGGAGUCAUCAACAUCAAUAUGACAGUUGAUGACGAGGGCAACAAAUUUGCACAGCAGUACAGAAUUGCCUCAUUCAAACGUCAUCCCGAACAUCGGUUUUCUUCCUUUUACAACGAUAUCGCCAUCAUAACGCUAGAAAGGGCCGCUACGAUAAACGAUGUGGUUACACCGGCUUGUCUCUGGAACAACGAAAAUGUGGAAUUCCCCAGACUGGAAGCGGCUGGAUUUGGACAAACUUCAUUCGCUGGUAGUAAAACUCCCAUACUGUUGAAAGUGCAAUUAACUCCAAUAAAAAAUGAAGAAUGCCGUAUGCAUCAUCAGUCUGACAACAGAAGAUUACGUCAAGGUAUCGUUGACACACAGGUAUGUGCUCAGGAUAAUAAAAUGGAUACCUGUCUCGGUGAUUCCGGUGGUCCUCUGCAAAUAAAAUUGAUGUCGAAUCACCGAACGACUCCGUAUGUGGUCGGAAUCACGUCAUUCGGAGCGUUUUGUGGUACAAUGACUCCAUCAGUCUACACAAGAGUAUCAUCCUACAUCCCAUGGAUCGAAGCAGAAACUAACACAUCCUUUACCACAGAGACGUGCAGCGCUCGUUACAUACGAUUGCGAGAAGCAGACGAAUCUAUGGUAUCUUCCCGAGUUGGUGAUCAUGUUUUCAUCGAACCGGAAAAAAGCUACAUGGAUAUUGAGAUCUUGCCCAAACAUCAGGUCUACUUAGGCUAUACCACACGACAAAACCAGAUCUUGUGGAAUUGCGGCGGAGUGUUAAUCAAUGAAGAUUACGUGCUAACAGUAGCCCACUGUGACAAAUUCAUACUGGAUCUAACACCAAGCCACGUGAAGGUCGGCGAUUUGAAUAUCAACAAAAAUGAUCCCAUGGCACAGAUCAUCAAAAUCGAAAGCUUUAUCAAGCAUCCGAACUACAAACCGGGCUUUCUGCAUAACGAUAUUGCGCUAGUGAAACUUGCCACCGACGUAAAGAUUGGACCGACCGCUAUUCCUGCCUGUGUGGUCAAUGACGACUCAACGAUGCCUUUUUAUGAAAUGGCUGGUUUGGGUCCAUACAAUUUAAAUAAUUUUCUACGAGAUGACGACUCUAUUUCUCAAGAUAACCGUCUGGUGUUAACUCGGAUGCGAGUCGAUCUAACUACAUGUCAACGAACAAAUAGUACCCAGUUUCUAUGUGCCAAAAACAACAAAUUCUUAGUUCCUCAAACAUGUCGUAUCGAACACGGCGGAGCACUGGAACGUGAAAUCUGGCACUACGACCGGUACUUCCAGUAUGUGUUUGGCCUAACUGUAGCCGGCGAAAACUGUGGUUUCGGCAGUGAAGCCUACUUCAUCCGUACGUCAGCACAUAGCCAGUGGAUUGAAUCGAUAGUGUUGGGAACGAGACACCCCAUACGACAAAUUGUAUUCCCCGAGGAUGAUCCCUUUUCUCCGUCGAUCAUUGGACGACCGUGCAGUACGGUGCGAAAUACUGAAGGAACUUGCCAAAAUUACAGAGCCUGUCCAGGGCUAGUCAGCUUGAUGUCAGUGAAAUUCUGUCGCCCAGGAUCAGAACCAAUUGUGUGCUGUGAACGUCCCGCGAAACAAGCGUACAAUAUGAAAAAAUGUGUCACCCAUUGGAAGCAAUAUAAACAACAGGAAAUGGAGGAAUAUGAGGGUAUCCCUUCGGAAGGCCGUCUCGUGCAAAGGGAAGAAUAUCCACAUGUGGCCUUCAUUGGGAUUCGGCGUGAUGCUAACAUAAACUGGAGCUGCUCAGGAGUAUUAGUAAGCGAUCGGUUCGUUUUAUCCAGUGCAGGUUGCGUUCAAUCGCGAGCUCAAAAUGUGGUGAGACUCGGAGUGGUUGAAGUCGUGAACUGGUUCAUGACCAGUGACCUUAGUAUUGAACAAAUUAUCAUGCAUCCGAACUAUGAUUCAUCAGUAAUUAGAGCAGAUCUAGCACUCAUUAUGCUCGCUUCAUCCGUAGAAUUUAACAGUAAAGUACUACCGGCUUGUCUAUGGCCAAACCAAGACUCCAUUCCGUUAAAACUCUAUUCAUUGGGAGUUGAAGAAGAUCGCCUCAGCGUACGGCCUCGUCUCUCUAAGUACAACCAGGAUUGUCGCAAGUUCUUCCAGAUACGUAAUCUGGUCGAUGAUGAUCAGUUUUGUGCAGAAAAUUACUACACAACCGAUAAUUCUUGCAACGAUCGCUCUGGUGAUCCAGUUGAAGGUUUGAUUUCUUUAGGAAAGAUCAAAAUCUCCAUAGUCGUCGGAAUUACAGCUUACAAUUCCGGUUGCGUUGGAAAAAGCCUCGAAACGAUUACAGUUUACACAAGGCUAUCGGCAUACAUGGACUGGAUUCGAAAAGUUGUUGAAUCCUAAUUUGUAUUUCAUUUAAGUAUUCAAAUACAAUCGAGAUCACUGAAAGUUGAAAUGAGA